AUGGGACAUGACCUUGUAGAUCACUGUGAGCCUUUGGUAAAGUUAAAGUUGAUGAACGCUUUGGAGAAUGCAAAGUUUACUGCAGCUCUCACGUACGAAGAGGAUGACGAGGAUGAUGGCGUUAAACAUCGAGCCGACAUGGGAUUCGAAAAUUUUGAAUACAGUGAAUUGGAGCUUCCACAUGAUGAGAGAGAAGCAAAGAAACUGAUCAACGAGUACUUUCACAAGAUUAAUGGAACGACUGAACCAGACGAUGCUGUGCUGGAUUGGCGCACGCGGGUGAACAAUUAUAAAAGCGUUGUAGAGACCAUAUUGACCCCACAUAGAAAACUCGGAGUUAAUUUCGCUGGACCCCGGGUGGGUCGUUUGCAUUGACU